UGUUUCCACAGCAACACCUAUUAAAUUACAUGCAUGCUUGCUGGCAUUGGACUUUAAACGGGUGGAGAGACAGGAAACUAUUUUCUUCCUGGAGUGAAACAGACACAUUUGAAAAUGGCCAAAUUCUUCACACCGGUUCAAAUCAACGAGUUCAAAGAGUGUUUCUCCUUGUAUGACAAGAAGCAAAAGGGAAAGAUUGACGCCAAGGACCUGGUCACAGUUAUGCGCUGCCUGGGUACAAGCCCAACACUUGGGGAAAUUGAGAGACAUCUUCAAGUACAUAAAAUUGAGCGCUCAGGCAACUUGGACUUCUCCACGUUCCUCACCAUGAUGCACCGUCAGAUACAGCAAGAAGAUCCAAAGACAGAAAUCCUGGAGGCGCUGAGGAUGACAGACAAGCAGAAGAAAGGAUUCAUGCAAGCCUCAGAGCUGCGGGCCAAGCUCACCAUGUUGGGAGAGAAACUUACCAACAGGGAAGUGGAUGAUCUGUUCAAAGAAGCCAACAUCAAGUCCAAUGGAAUUGUUAACUACGAGGAGUUCACCCAAAUGGUGAUUCUGCCGCCUGUUGAUUACUGAAUGCGCUCCAUGGCAGGGUGUACCACGCCUACCGCCCGAAUGCAGCUGAGAUAGGCUCUAGCACCCCCCGCGACCCCAAAAGGACAAGUGGUAGAAAGUGGAUGCAUGUAUGUAUGUAUUCAUUUUAUUGCUGUGAUUAUGUUAUGUUUAAUGUUAUUUUUAUUAAUUGUUGGUAUUUCACAAACUGCCCAGGGACUACAGUUGCUCAAUGGCUCACACUAACACAUUAACAGAAAUGUGUAUUAUUACGGGCUGUCCCGGUUCUAAAUCAAUUGAAAUGAUCUAUUACUUUUUUAAUUCAAUAGAGAUGAUUAUUUACAUUUAAAAAAUAGGAGAUAUUUGUUUUUUAGUCUUUGUAAGGUGAAAAGUGGAAAAUGGAAAAAUAAAUGA